AUUAUAGGUGGUGGAAACAUAUAUGAAGGUAGUGGAUGGAAUCAGGAAGUAUUGCGUACAGAUGACUACAGUAAGAAAGUUAUAUCAAUCUCCUUCACAGGAUCAUUUCAAGGUAUGUGAAGCAGCAUGAAUCAGCAGAUGAUCGACACGGCACAGAAAUUGAUUCGUUGUAGCAUAUCUCAAGAAUUUUCGCAAAGCAAUGUUCGGGUAAUUGCACUACGUCAAAUUUCUUCUACUUUAAGUCUAGGACAGAAAGUUUUCAAUAAAAUUCGAAACUGGCCUGAGUUGGUUCCCAAACCGUAGACACGGCGCAAUCAUUUUGCGUUGCUUCACAAACAACAAGCUGUGACAAAUCAUUAAAGAGGCAUCAAAAAGGCAAAAAGGUAUAAAUAAUAUUUAUUUUUAUAUAGAUAAAAAAGUAAGGAUAUUGCAAGAAAACUAUCGAAGGAAAUGAUAAAGUCCAAGAGUGAUCGUAUUUAAAUAUAUUUAUUAUUCGAUUUGUAUGUACGAUAUACUGCACAAAACACCACUAUUAUUUUAACAGUUUCAAUUUGCCUGUAAUAACGGUCCGUAAUUAACGGAUUAUUAAUUACACCAGUUGAUUAGUCGCAUAUUUAUGUUCUGCGCGUACGUAUUACCAUCUGGUUCAUCUUAGACGUACAGAAGAGAUUUAUGAUCGUCUGUAAAUGACAUGUAAUCAAUUAUAAAUCAAUAAAAAAAAUGCGAGCAUUUUACUUGCUCUUUAAGGCAAAUUGAUAAAACGCAAAAGUCGGAUAAAAAUUCAGAAACUUUCGGGAUACCUGGCA